CUGUGCCCUAAUAUGAUCUGCGAGUGCACCAACCAGCCGACCAGUGGACCACAAAGCCGCCAUUUUUAACAUCAUUAAACCUCCCCAAAACCUCACCUUUCCUUCAAAAUCCUGUCCUUCUCCAUCCACAAUCACGUUCGAUUUGAUGCCCUGAGCUCAUACCCGCCAACAUGUCUGCGAAAUGGCGCGCUCUUCAGCAUCGCCAUCGCUACACUUACAGCUCGGUCGUCUUCCCCGACUCCUAUGCAGAAGCCCUAGGCAAAUGCCCGGACACCAAGUUUUAUUCAGAAUUGAGGGAACUCACCAGGCUUAAUUCAACUUACUCACAAGUCGACCACGUGAAGAGAGUGGCAAAUUCUUUUUCCGAGCUCCUGCUGAACGGCGGGUUUUCUUUGGAUUCCGAUGCAGUGCGUCUCUACCUGGAGAUCAUGUUCCUUGAGAACUCGCAGCCUUUGCACAGGACCCUGAUUUCUGCUCUCGCGAGGGCCCGGAAUUUCCAUUCCUUGAUUGGUGAUUGUUUCAAGGCACUAUGUGAAGAGUACGGAAGCGGGGAUUGUAGUGGUUGUAAUAAAGGGAGGCGAUUCGCAGUUUCACGUGCUGCAUUGUCUAUCAUGGGCAUGCCUAAAUUAGGAUUCUUGAUUGAGGUAAUAGACCAUUGUGCGGUUUUAGUUGCUUGGGAUGCGGCUAAUGGACUAAAUGGGGUGGUUUCGGAAGAGAAUGUUUCAGUCAGGGCUUCAACGCUUGUGAUGGAGCAGUGCCAGGAGGCGUUAUCUUGCUUGUAUUACUUGGUCCAGAAGUUUCCUUCGAGGUUUAUAGAUUCGAGCAGUGGGACUCAGAACAUAAUUGGGGCAAUCUUCGAUGUUGUACUGACAAUACUGAGGAUGUCAUCUUUUUCCCGGGAUUGUUUCGUAGCAGCAGGGGUGAGUUUUUGUGCGACCCUGCAGGUUUCUCUCAGCCCGCAAGAGCUUGGGUCGUUUAUCAUGGAUGGUAUGUUUAGUAAAGCCACUGGUUUUUCUAGCACUAAUUGUGAGCGAGAACUAGGGGAAGUUGUCCUGAAAGUUCAGUAUAAAGGAGAACUGUUGAAAGAUAUCCUCGAUUUAUCUGUUCUGAGUCGCCUUUGCUUAAUUAGAGGGAUACUCACUGCUGUCUCGAGGAAUGUACUUAAUAUGCCCUUUUAUGGUUAUGAGAAAGCACUUAGUACGAUUCUCUAUGACAGUAUUUUACCAGAGCUAUGCAACUACUGCGAGAACCCGACUGAUAGCCAUUUCAACUUUCAUGCGUUGACCGUAAUGCAAAUUUGUUUGCAGCAGAUUAAGACCUCAAUGCUUGCAAAUAUGACUGUUGGGUUAGAAGGUUACAUUCCAAUUGGAGAGGAAAUGGGCACCAGAAUUCUAAGAAUAAUAUGGAACAACUUGGAAGAUCCGCUUAGUCAAACAGUCAAACAAGUUCAUUUGAUAUUUGAUCUCUUCUUGGACAUUCAGUCAAAUCUCCAUUGGAGCAAAUGCAGUGAUAAGUUAAAGUCAUUUCUAAGGAAGAUUGCAUCAGACCUUCUACACUUAGGGGCCCAUUGCAAGGGGAGGUAUGUCCCAUUAGCUUUUUUGACAAAGAGAUUAGGAGCGAGAACUAUGCUAGAGAUGAGCCCGGACCUAGUAUUUCAGACAAUACAGGCAUACAUUGAUGAUGAUGUUUGUUGCGCUGCCACGUCAUUCUUUAAGUGUUUCAUCGAGUGUCUGCGAGAUGAGUACUGGAAGAGUGAUGGAAUUGAGGGAGGUUACAUGCUUUAUAGACAGCAUUGUUUGCCCCCUUUACUCAGAGGCCUUGCCUCUGGAGUCUCGAAGCUCCGGACAAAUUUGAAUACUUAUGCUUUGCCCGUGCUGCUAGAAAUUGACAUGGAAAGUAUAUUUCCUAUGCUUAGUUUUGUGUCAGUUGAGCCAAUUGAAUACGAAAAUGGGAUCUUUCAUGCAGAGCUCAAUGGGAUAUGUAUGGACUUGAAACUUGAGCAGAAAGUUGCAGCAUUGUUGUCUUUGCUUAAGGUGUCACGAACACUAGCAUUGAUUGAGGGAGACAUUGAUUGCUUUGAAAAUCGUUAUGCUCUUAUUUGCAUAAAGGGUAUAAAGGCGAAAGUUCCUGUUGAAUGGCUUGCACUGGCACUAACUCAUGUUGAUGAGUCGCUUCGUGUAGAUACUGCUGAGUUUCUCUUCCUGAAUCCGAAAACCUCCAGCCUACCGUCCCAUUUAGAGCUGACUCUGAUGAAGGAAGCUAUUCCAUUGAACAUGAGGUCUUCUUCCACGGCUUUUCAGAUGAAAUGGGGAAGCCUAUUUCGCAAGUUCUUCUUUCGUGUCCGUACGUCAUUGGAGAGGCAAUUGAAGCAGCGAUCAUGGAAGCCUCUUAUAGCUGGCGCCAAAGAAUGCCCUUCAAGUAAGAUUGACGAAAUAGUGGUCAGGAGAGCAGAUGAUCUCUUUCGCUUCAUGAGGUGGCUGAGCUGCUUUCUGUUCCUCUCUUGCUAUCCUUCUGCGCCCUAUAAAAGGAAGAUGAUGGCCAUGGAGCUCAUACAGAUAAUGAUUGAUGUUUGGCCUAUUGUGCCUCCUUCCACUCGAGAAAAUGGUGAUCAUCAAGGCAGUUCUAUUAGUCCUUACAAUGAAGGAAUCACUUCACCCGACUCAACCUUCCUAUUGGUCGGGUCAGUUAUUGAUAGCUGGGACAGGCUCAGAGAGAGCUCCUUUUCCAUAUUGCUCCACUUCCCGACCCCACUUCCCGGGCUCUCAAGUGAAGAAAUGAUUGAGAAAUUGAUCAAUUGGGCCAAGCGGCUUGUCUGCAGUCCACGCGUGAGGGAGAGUGAUGCUGGGGCACUGACCCUACGGCUCAUCUUCCGAAAAUAUGUAGUCGAGCUCGGAUGGUCAAUCAAUGCAUCAGUAAAUGUUGCGUGCCAAAGAGGAAGAUCGGUGCACAAUCCAGUGGUGCAUUACUUGCAGUCACUAGUCGAUUGGUUGGAGGUUUCUGUGGUUGAGGGAGAGAAGGAUCUUUCUCAAACAUGCCAAAAGAGCUUUGUUCAUGGCGUGCUUCUCACUCUAAGGUACACCUUUGAGGAAUUGGACUGGAAUUCCAAGCAUGGGUUGCUUAACAUUUCAGAUAUGAGACUUUUGCUGGAGAAACUUCUCAAUCUUGUGUUGAGGGUGACUUCUCUAGCACUGUGGGUUGUUUCAGCUGAUGCAUGGUUUCUGCCUGAAGACGAUGACGUCGAAGAUAUGAUUGGUGAAGAAAGUUUGGUGUUGGAUGUCUCAGAACAAGAGACAGUGAGUGGUUCGAUAAAUGCAUCGGAGAUCGGAGAUAGUUCAAGGAUGGGGAAGAAUGUCAGAAUGUCAGAGCAGAUCGUGAUGGUUGGUUGCUGGCUUGCCAUGAAAGAGGUGAGUCUUCUUCUUGGCACAAUUAUCCGGAAAGUUCCUUUGCCGAGCAGCACUGCCUCAGAUUCUUUGGAAACUGGUAAAUUCAUUUCUGAUGCAGUACUUGAUCUGAAACAACUCGAAAGUAUGGGCCACCACUUCUUGGAAGUCCUGCUAAAGAUGAAGCAUAAUGGUGCAAUCGAUAAGACGCGAGCUGGGUUUACUGCGCUAUGCAAUCGUUUGCUCUGUUCUGAUGAUCCAAGACUCUGUAAACUCCCUGAAUCAUGGAUGGACCAAUUAAUGGAUCGAACCAUUGCGAAAGGGCAAGUAGUUGAUGAUUUGCUGCGGAGAAGCGCGGGAAUUCCUGCUGCAUUCAUUGCUCUCUUCCUCUCAGAGCCUGUGGGGACCCCAAAGAAGCUCCUUCCACGGGCCCUAAGGUGGCUUAUUGAUGUUGCGAAUCGGACGCUUAGAGGGUCAAACCCAGCCAAAGGCCCUAAUGGCCACUCAUUCUCUAAUGUCGCCCUUGAUGUGGAUCCUGCCGAAAAGAUCUCAAAGAUUCGGGAUGAGGGCGUUAUUCCAACAGUUCAUGCUUUCAAUGUUCUUAGAACUGCUUUUAAUGACACAAAUCUAGCUGCUGAUACUUCUGGGUUUGCUGCUGAGGCCUUGAUUUCCUCUAUUCGGGCAUUCUCUUCUCCAUAUUGGGAGGUCAGGAACAGUGCUUGCCUUGCAUACACUGCUCUCGUUCGGAGGAUGAUUGGGUUCCUAAAUGUGCACAAGCGAGAAUCUGCAAGGCGUGCUUUAACGGGUCUUGAGUUUUUUCAUAGGUACCCAUCACUACAUUCCUUUUUAUUCAAUGAACUUAAAGUGGCAACGGAGUCUCUCAGGGAUGAAUCCUCUAGAAAUGUGGAAUCCAACCUCGCAAAACUUGUACAUCCGAGCUUGUGCCCAGUGCUGAUCCUUCUGUCUCGUCUCAAGCCCUCCUCUCUUGCAAGCGAGAUUGGGGAUGAGCUGGAUCCAUUUCACUUCAUGCCUUUCAUCAGACGUUGCUCCACCCAGUCCAAUAUGAGGAUACGCAUCCUUGCCUCUCGGGCCUUGACAGGUCUUGUGUCCAAUGAGAAGUUGCCGGUACUUCUCCAAAACAUUGGCACGGAGCUGUGUCAGUUAGACUCGUCGGGCAGGUCUCGGCCCAUCUCUCUGAACUUAGUCCAUGGUGUUGUGCUGCAGUUGGGUGCACUUCUAGACACGAACUUGAGAAACCUUGGAGAUUCGGGGAAGAAGGAUCAGAUAUUAGGAGAUUUGAUAGGAGUUCUUAUGAAGUGUUCAUGGAUCGGGAGUCCUGGAGGAUGCAUGUGUCCUGUUCUCAAUGCUUCUUUCUUAAAGGCUCUUGAUCACAUGUUGAGUAUUUCCCCAACUUGCCGUCUUGGUGAAAACUUCUUCACCAUUCGCAAUCUUCUCUUAGAUCUUUCUGCAGAAUCCUUAGACAUAGAUUGCUCAUUUGGGACACGACAGUAUGAUCCAACUCUCUCAGAACUCCGAGAACAGUCGGCAGCAUCGUACUUCAGCUGUUUUCUUCAAGCAUCUGGUGAAUUAGCUUAUGAGAAUCCAUUGAACUCGUCCAUUGCUGGGACGAGGAAUAGUGCAUCUACUGGCCUUGAGGAGAAGCUGGUCCAGUGCCUGUCUGAUUCAUCAUAUGAAGUUCGGCUUGCCACAUUGAAAUGGGUAUUUAAGUUCUUGCAAACGGAGGAAUCCAAUCGAGAUACGAACAAUCUCCAAGAAUGGGCAAAUGUCUACCUCCACAAGACUAUGAUGGACCAGCUAGCCAUGGAGACAAAUCAUAGAUGCCAGUAUUACAUCCUCAGGAUCUUCUUUGCAUGGAACUCGGUUCAAUUCAAGAAAGAACGUUAUGGUGCCGAUUUUAUUGGUUCGAUGAAUUACAAUAAUGUGCUUCAGCUCUGGGAUAAGUUUGUUUGCCUCUAUGAUUGCGCGAGACACAUCAAAACUCAAGAGACAAUCAUUUGUUGCCUUGGCAUAUGCAUGAAGAAUAUUUCUGAGUUAUUUACGAAAUCCUUUGGUUUGGGGGACUCGGAGACACAAACCAAACUUUAUGAAUGCAUAUCUUUCUUUGCUUCCCUAAUUAAGCGGCACAGCGGCUCAUCUGAGCCCGUGAACAUGCGCAAGGCUACGGCAGAGGCAAUGAUUGCAUCAAGUCUCCUGGAACAGGCGGAGAUUAUUGGCUCUUCAGUAAGAAAUUACAGGAUACCCUAUGAAGAUUGUUCCAUAUCUGAGCCGAUGGAAGUUAUCAACACGUUUGCCCAUCAAGUGCUUGGCAUGUGGUUCACUUGUAUAAGGCUGCUCGAGGAUGAAGACGAUAUUAUCCGACAGAAAUUGGCUGAGGAUGUCCAGAAGUGUUUUAGUUCCGUUGCUGGAAUUGUCCCAACCCAGGUGGAAAAAGUGAUCGAGUUGAGCUUCGAUCAUCUCACAUCUGCAUUUGGUCACUGGAUUGAAUAUUUCGAGUAUCUCGCCCAUUGGGUACUUGAAAUGGCCAAUUACGAAGUCUCCCAAGGGGACCUCGUGAGGCGUGUUUUUGACAAAGAAAUCGACAACCACCAUGAGGAGAAGCUCCUGAUAUGUCAGAUCUGCUGCUCUCACAUGCAGAGAAUCUCAGCUUCAAAUUCUUGGGCAGCCCACUUUUCCGACAAGAACGGGAUUGGAGAAUAUCUAUUAAACUGGAGAAAGAAAUUCUGCGAUCGGUUGGUUUCAUUUGCCCGGGACCAUAUAGGGAGGGAGGGCAUAGCGGAUUGGAUCGGGGGAGUGGGGAACCACAAAGAUGCAUUCUUGCCAUUGUAUGGGAACAUGCUCGGGUUCUAUGCCCUCUCGAGCUGCCUCCUUCUAACCAAUGGUUGUAAUGCUGAUCUGAGACUGAGACUGCAGUCUGAUGCAGUCGAGCUUGGCAAUGCUGUCGCCCUGUUCCUCAGAAACCCAUUGAUACUUAAUCUUUACUCAUCCAUGAUUAGGCUGCACGAGGACAAGGUUGGUGGCCAAACAGACCUCUCAACUGUGCCUGGAAUUAAGGCCAGGGGACCGGGUUGGGACGGUUUCGAUCCAUAUUUUCUUCUCAAGUAGUGGAGAUUAUUUUGACAUUGCAGGAUAUCAUUUACACUGCAGAAUGAUAUAGGAGGGUCACCGGAAAAAAGUGAUGUAGCUGUAAAUUUACAUUCAUCUGUUGUAUAUUGCUUACUACAAUUAAUUCAUGAGCAUGAUAACAAAUCUUGCGUAUUUCCUUUCUUCAUUACAAGUGAUUUUACAAUUCUUGAUUA